AUGGCUCUAGGUUCCAUGCCUUCGAGUAGGAUUUACGGGGGUCACAGGCUCACUCGGUUAGCCCUAUCUUAUGAGGUUGACACUAGCGAGAUGGUUCAUAUGCCUAUCCAAGAGAUGUGUACUACCAUUAUAGGGAAGAUGCAGGUGGAGCCGAAGGACAUCCAUGAGCCUGCCUUCGAGAGGCAUCAGAGACCUAGGAAUGCAAAGCCUGAUCAGCUGGAUUCGACUCUACGUGUUCUUCUGGGGAUGGACCAUCCACCUUUUCCUCAUACGGAUGCUACUGCUCCACCAUCUGCUCAGCCAGGUCAUCAUGGUGUUGGUCCGUCAGGUACAUAUCAUGGGGAUACUAAUAAUGACAAUGAUGGAGGCAUGGGGGACAAGGAGGGUGAGUAUGAGAGCAACAAUGAGUAG